UCCUCCUCCUCCUGCUCUCCUCCUCCUCCUCCUGCGUACCGCUCUCUGUCGGGGGGGCGGCGCUGCGCUGGAAUCAGGGCGUAUCCGCUGUUUGGGAAUCAGGAAAUACGCUCACGCCCUGUGGUUAAGUUGACUUUAGUUUACUUUGACCACGGCUCGUUAGCGACCGGCCCCUCGUCCAUCUCCUGCCCGUCACACGCAUCACCCCCGCCCGCCUCCCUGCUCCCGGCUCCCGGCUCCCCGUGGUCCUGCCCUUCCAUGGCUCAUCCAACCAUCGCCACACAUGAAACUCCAGUGACUGCAGGAGGAGGGGGCAGCAAACCAGACUACAUCGCCUUCGUCCUGGUGCCUGUGUUCUUCCUCCUUGGCCUGUUGGGGGUGGUGAUCUGCCACGUGCUGAAGAGGAAAGGCUACCGCUGCACCACAGAGGCCCAGGGGGACGAUGAGGUUUUCCAUGAAGAAGAGAAGGAUCCUGAACUGGGUGACGAGCUGAACGACACCCUCAGUGAAAACAAUGACACAGUCGGGCAGAUUGUUCACUACAUCAUGAGAAACGAAGCAAACUCCGACGCCCUGAAAGCCAUGGUUCACGAGAACAGCAUUGAUUCUGAUGGUCCUCCUCUCACUCCGACCUCCCCCGGCAGCCCGGGCAGCCCGGGCAGCCCCAUCACUCCCAUCUCACCCGGGGCGCCCCCUGGAGCCCCCAAGCACACCUGCAGCCACCUGCACACCAUCGGGGGCCCCGGCGGCCACAAGAACAUCUGCACGCGCUGCAGCCAGAAGAAAUGGCCGCUGAUAAGGAGGCCGUCACCGCGCAAGUCGGAGCAUCGUCGCAGCCACUAUGGAGAGGUCACUGUCCUGGCUGUGGGCAGGUUCCGGGUGACAAAGUGUGAAAAACCAGUCAGGGAGAGGCGGACUCUGUUAAUAUCAGACUCCAAUGGGAGUGUCCCCACAUCUCCCACAAAGGUGGAGCCCAAGAGCCGGACGACGUCUGAGUCCCAGCAGGAGCAAACAGACACCACGGACAAUGAGAAAUGAUAAAA